AUGUCAUUGCUUCUCCUUCAGCUGUUAGUGCUCUCAUGUCUUGGAGCCACAGAGCCACAGGGAGACUCAGGAAAAAGGAAAAGCAGAAGGCCAUUUCAGCACCUUUUGUAUCUGCACAAAGAUCUGCUUGAAAGUAAGAGUUUUCGUGAGCUAGGAGGGGAAAACCCAGUAGGUGUUGAGGAAACUCUGGGAGAACCAAGCUUCUUUGUAGCAAUUCCACAGACGGCAUCAGCAAAUGAGAAACAAGAGGAGAAAAAAAUGUCCAGAUUCAUCCUUCCCACAGCAGAACUCCAUGCAGAUCAACACCUGAGAACACGAGCAGCACCCAUAGGGACCUCUCCUGUGGAAAACUUCUCUCCAUCUCACUAUUCCAGCAAGCAGGAGGCUGAACUUCCCUAUAGAAAAGAUGCCAAGAAAUUCUGGGACCAUUUCAUGUUAAAGAAAAAUUCAGCAUCGGAAGGUAUAAUCCUGCCAAUCAAGACCAAUGAAAUGCAUCAAGAAAACUGCAGAACCCUGCCUUUUUCCCAGGGUGUUACUCAUGAGAGCUGCGACAAGGUGAUGGUACAGAAUAAUCUGUGUUUUGGAAAAUGUAGUUCCUUUCAUGUUCCUGGUCCAGAAGAUCGUCUGUAUACUUUUUGUUCUCACUGCUUGCCUAGCAAGUUCUCCGUGAAGCGACUGGAUCUCAACUGCACCAGUUCUGUCCCAGUGGUCAAAGAAGUAAUGAUUGUAGAAGAGUGUAAAUGUGAGACUCAGAGGAUUAAACAUCCUGCAACUGGAUCUCUACAGUCAGACUUGCAAUCAAAUGUACAUGAGCACAAUUAA